UCUCCCCUUCCGGUUUCAGGGCACUGCGGCGGAUGUUGAUAUUCUGUUUUGGAGACCACAACCAGAGUUAGCUAGCGAGCUUUCGUCGUUGCCGGAGUUUUUUUUGUUGUUAGUUGUUGUUUGGUUGUUGUCUGACUUUUAAAAAAUCGUUUUUCAACCGGGGGAAGGAACCCACUCCCCAAACGACGGCACCGUGUCUCUCCCGGCGCCUCACCGGGGAAACGCGAGGCCGAGUCGUGCGAUGAUGGAGGACUUCGACGAGAUCUACGAGGAGGAGGAGGAGGAAGAGGAGGACGAGGAGAGGGCCGCGGAGGAACAGCUGUUAAAGUACGCUCCAGACCCGGUGGUCGUCCGAGGAUCUGGCCACGUCACUGUGUUUGGACUCAGUAACAAGUUUGAGUCAGAGUUCCCAUCGGCACUUACAGGGAAGGUGGCGCCAGAGGAGUUCAAGGCCAGUAUAAACCGUGUUAACGGCUGUCUGAAGAAGACGCUGCCAGUGAAUGUGCGUUGGCUGCUGUGUGGCUGUCUCUGUUGCUGCUGUACACUGGGCUUCAGUCUCUGGCCCGUCAUCUGUCUGAGCAAAAGGACACAGAGAUCCAUGGAGAAGCUGUUGGAUUGGGAGAACAGCAGACUGUACCACAAGCUGUGUUUGCAUUGGAGGCUGAGCAAGAGGAAGUGUGAAACCAACAACAUGAUGGAAUAUGUAAUCCUGAUAGAGUUCCUACCCAAGAUCCCCAUUUUCAGACCGGACUAGCUCUCCGCAGCCCCACCCACAUCCUCCCGUGGUGCCUCUCUUCACUCGGCCCAGUCACCUCUCCAAAAUGGCCUCCUCUUUCCUCCCCUAACCAGGCCCAUACCCCUAAAACAAAACCACCAUUUAAUGUUUACUGGACAUUAUCUAACUUCUCUAUCUAGCCCCUCUAUAUACCCAGAAAACACCUGUUUACACCCUAAAGCCCCUCCCCUUCUCUGAUGUCAACCUUCGACCCCUGAUCUGUUGGAGGAGACGUGGCCUUUUGACCCCCCCCCCCCCCGGGGUGGCCACGUUGACUGUCAUCGGUCUGUGGGUCAUCAUGGGAGACCCAGCUCAGAAAGGGUGUAAACGGUACCAUAGAACUGUGGAACUGGAGAAAGUGGACUCCUAAUUUUGGACCUGCAA